AUGCUGGCGGUGCACUUUGACCAGCCAGGUGGACCAGAAAACCUCUACCUGAAGGAGGUGCCCAAGCCGAGCCCAGGAGAGGGUGAAGUCCUCCUGAAGGUGGCAGCCAGCGCCCUGAACAGGGCUGACUUACUCCAGAGAGUGGGCCAGUAUGCCCCACCCCCAGGAGCCAGUAGCAUUUUGGGACUUGAAGCCUCGGGACAAGUGGCUGAGCUGGGGCCUGGCUGCCAGGGACACUGGAAGGUCGGGGAUUUGGCCAUGGCUUUGUUGCCCGGGGGAGGCCAAGCUCAGUACGUCACUGUUCACGAAGAUCUCCUUAUGCCCAUCCCAGAAGGACUGACCCUGAAUCAAGCUGCAGCCAUCCCGGAGGCCUGGAUUACUGCCUUUCAGCUCUUACAUCUCGUAGGCCACGUUCAGCUUGGAGACUUAGUGCUGAUCCACGCAGGAUCAAGUGGCGUGGGCACAGCUGCCAUCCAGCUGACUCGGAAGGCUGGUGCUAUUCCUCUGGUUACAGCCGGCUCCCAGCAUAAGCUUCAAAUGGCCGAAAAGCUUGGGGCUGCUGCUGGAUUCAAUUAUAGAGAAGAUUUUUCUGAAGCGACGCUCAGAGUCACUAACGGUGUUGGAGUGGAUCUUAUUCUAGACUGCAUAGGCGGACCCUACUGGGAGAAGAAUAUCAACUGCCUGGCUCUGGACGGUCGCUGGGUUCUCUACGGUUUAAUAGGAGGAGGGGAUGUCAGUGGGCCCCUGCUUUCAAAACUGCUCUUUAAGCGAGGGAGUCUAAUCACUAGUUUGUUGCGAUCUAGGGAUAAUAAGUACAAACAGGCAGUGGUGAAAACGUUCACGGAGCAGAUUCUGCCCUACUUCUCCAAGGACAGCCCCCAACGUCUGCUGCCGGUUCUGGACAGUAUCUACCAGGCGACUGAUAUUCGAGCGGCCCACGAGUACAUGGAAGCUAACAAGAACGUGGGCAAGAUUGUCUUGGAGCUGCCCCAGUGA